GAGGGGGUGAAGUACAAAGAAUGUUACGGUACCCUUUUACACUGUGAAGCUUCCUGGGCUUUAUCGAUAACUUCAUAUUUAUAACUCUGAUCUUUCCCCCCUCCUGUAACGUCCAGUCGUCUGUGCGGCUUGCGCUAAAUCCACCGGCCCUGAGGAACUACUUUGCAGAUUUUUGCGGAUGGAUACGAGGGCGUUCACGUAGAGAAGAGACCGCAAUACUAUAUAAGGGGAACGCAGAUACUACGGGACCUCUUUGCGCGGCAUUUGGGCCAGGGUGAGGGCGGUAACGUGUGUGCCGCGCUGCUGCCGUCAUGGGCUUCGGGGACCUUAAGUCCGCCGCUGGCCUCCGGGUCCUCAAUGAUUUCCUGGCAGACAAGAGCUAUAUCGAGGGGUACGUCCCUUCUCAGGCUGAUAUAGCAGUCUUUGAAGCAAUCGCUGCCCCACCUCCUGCAGACUUAUAUCAUGCUCUUCGGUGGUACAAUCAUAUUAAGUCGUAUGAAAAGCAAAAGGCAAGCUUACCAGGAGUAAAGAAGGCUUUGGCAAAGUAUGGCCCUGCUGAUGUUGAGGACACAACAGGCGCAGCCACAGAUAGCAAAAAUGAUGAUGACAUUGAUCUUUUUGGAUCUGAUGAUGAGGAGGAAAGCGAAGAAGCAAAGAAGCUGAGGGAAGAACGCCUGGCCCAAUAUGAAUCAAAGAAGUCCAAAAAACCAGCUGUUGUUGCCAAGUCAUCAAUCUUGCUUGAUGUGAAGCCUUGGGAUGAUGAGACAGACAUGGCCAAGCUGGAGGAAUGUGUUCGAAGCAUUCAAGCAGAUGGCUUGGUCUGGGGCUCUUCCAAGCUAGUACCAGUUGGCUAUGGGAUCAAAAAGCUUCAGAUCCAGUGUGUGGUCGAAGAUGAUAAAGUUGGAACAGACAUGCUGGAAGAGAGAAUAACAGCUUUUGAAGAUUAUGUACAAUCAAUGGAUGUAGCUGCUUUCAAUAAGAUUUAAGUCUUGAUACAUCUAGAAUAAAUGUAAUUGCAAAAAUUGGGCUGUGUCUGUGGGCAAUUUAAAAACAGUGAAUUCCAACUCAUAAAUGUGAAAUUUGGUUGAUGGGUAAAGUAGGAGCUAAAACUGAAUUUCAGGCUUGCUCUAACAUCCCACUGUAAUCCAAAAGCACAAGCAAAGGAAAUACAAAGCUGAUCUGAAAUGUUUGCUCCAUUUAUUGGGUAAGUUGCUACUUUAGAAAAUUUCUGUAAUUCCUCUGGAAGGGAGGGAUGGUUUUAAGGGAAAAGCAUAUAGAGCUCAGGCAAAGUGCAAGGGUGGUGACUAACCAAAUACAUCAUGCUUUUUGUUGAAAGCUAAAGCUUUGCUUCAUGGAGUGGAGAUGAAGGUACGUGCAGUGCACUGGAGGUGACAGGAUAGUGAAACAGUUCUUAUUGGACCUGAGUCUAGCAUGGUACUUUCUCAUGUCGUGUGUGUACUUGGAGUGCUUUUCCUGUGAGAUAGGAAAACGUUUGCAAUGAAUCGAUUCUGUCUUUUCUGGGGCUUCUUACUUGGUACAGUAAAUAAUGGUUUUGAUAAAAACUUCUGCCUUUCUAUUCUAAGGUCCUUGUGUCCUGUGCCUUCACUAGCCUGGGCUGGCAGGGCUUAUGAAAGGUGCUAUGAAGGCAGAGGCAACCAGGGGGCAGCAGGCACCUUCCAUACAGGCUCUUAAGGCACUGACUCAGCAUUUAGAAAUGCAGAGACUGCAGACUUCAGCUAAUGCAUAUGGGUCAUCUACUUGAAGUAG